AUGGAGCGGGAGGAGAGGGACAGUUGGAGUGAAUUCGUACGGGAGGGUAGAGAAGCCCGGGGAAUUCACCAGGGCAGUUCCGAUAUUAUUGGACUGGGCGAAUGGAACGAACAGCAAGCAGAGGAAAAAGACUAUUGUGGGGUUGUUGGAGGAGGAGAACCUGCACCGUGGCAAAAAAUUAUGGCAGUUCUUGCUUUGGUGGUGACGGGCGCAAAGGGAGCUAAGCUGGAUGGAUGGAUUGGAUUGGAUUUCUGGUCCAGAGAGACCUUGGAUGCCAGUCUAGUAGGAUUCUACUAUCUUGUACUGAACCCGUCUAUUUCCUAUAUUUCGGUGCUCUCCGUCUCUGAAAUCUACUACAUCAUAGUACGGAGGUUGUAGGGGCAUGUAUGGGUGUAUGUACAAUGGGAAUGCAUGUACGAGGACGAUCUCUUAGAUGACGAUGAUGAUAUGAAUUGUAUGAAGGAGGGGCAGCACCACUAGACUGGAGCGCCUGCCCUAUCCAGCAGAAUGAACAUAUUUCCGCUUGCAAAAGCCUGUAAGUAAUAACAACAAUUAUCCCACCGUCGCUCCUGCUAAGUUUGUCUCUGUUCACGCUGCAACAGGUUAACUCCAAGUUGUCAACAGACAGGGGGGGGGUGUUGCUCUAGAAAACGAGAUAAGACAACGUCGGCCAAUCAGAACCGUGGCUUUUCAACCUUUUGUCCAAGAAGAUUAGGUUUUUGC